AUGAGAUUCAUCGUGAUUGCAAUUUUUGUGAUGCUUGCAACAUCGCAAGAAUUCGUUGAAUUUUACUCUGCAUUUUCUAAUGCAGACGUAGGUUAAUUAGAUGGAUGGACAAUACAAGGAUAAAUUUCAAAAGCUUAAACUGAUAAUUUCUUUACUUGUUCAGAUGCAGCUGUAUUUGGAGGACCUAAGGCAUUUGGUAAAGGAGCCAUAGUGACCAGACAAUUUUAAUUGCCUCCACAUUUUUAGAUUAAAGUAUAAGUUGAAGUCUGGAAAUUUGAUGCAUGGGACACUCAAAGAUAAUUUUUUUAUUUGGAUAAUUACCUUUGGGAAACUAUGUGGACUGGAAGUGAUGGAACAAAGAGAUGCGCAACUCCAGCAGGGGGCAAUGUGAAUUCAUUCUCAGUUGAUUAAACAAUAACUCAUAAUCAUGCAGCAUUAUUUAUUGCAUUUGCAUCUUCCGCUGAUAAGACUGCAGAUAAAAUGUCUUGGGGUAUUAGAAAAUUGAAAUUAUCCUAUUUGCCAUGUCCAGCUGAAUGUGGUACAUGUCUUGGACCAGAUGCUAUUGUUUGUUAAAUGUGGGUGCCAGUAUCAUCAAGUUGGAUAAAGAAUAUAGAUGCUGAUGGAUGGACUGCAAAAGGAUCUUCAACUGUCAUUAAAUCAAGCACUUGUGUAGGAAUUCCAAUUAUUGGUGGUCCUGGCAAUUUUGGUAAUAAUGUAUCAAUCUAAAAAAUCUUUGAUAAACUUGUUCCACAUUAUAGAAUUAAGGUGAUAGCAUAAUUUUGGAAGAUUGAUAAUUGGGAUAAUGAUAAUGCAGUUUUGUCUAUUGAUAAUCAAGAAAAAUGGAAAUAAAAUGUUGCUUAAGUAGAGGAUAAGGAAUUCUUCAUUUGCGAUAAGAUCAGUCCAGGAGGUGUUGAUGGAACAGAAAAGAUUAUUAAUGUUAACUUUGAAACUCCACAUAAUUAUGGUGCUGCUCUUGUUAAAUGGACAUCCACAAUCAAGAAGUCAUCCAAAUAAGCAUCAUGGGGUAUUAGAUAAUUCCAAUUGUAUGUUGCAUAAUGUUCAAGCAAUUGUGCAACAUGUACUGGACCAAGUGUUGAAGAUUGUACAGCUUGUGUUUCUCCUUACGUAUUAUUGGACCCAGAAGAUGGAAAUGGAUCUGGUUGUGUAUUGAAAGGAGAUUGGGAGCAGGUUGGACAGCUAAUGCAGAUUGGAAAGUUGCUGAUGGUAAAAAUGGACCAGAUUUUACAACACAAUGUGGAGAAUUCAAAUUCUUUGGUGGUUUUGAUAAGACUGGAAAAGAUGCUAAAAUCACUAGAAAAUUCAAUUUACCUGCUCAUAAAAGAAUUAGAAUUGCAUUUGAAGCAUGGAAGAUUGAUAAUUGGAAUGGAGAAGAUUAUUUUGUUAAAAGUUGAUGGAUUAAAUGUUUGGUAAAGAACAUUUGGAUUUGGAGAUCCUGGACUUGCUGAUAUUUGUGGAGGAGAUGGAUUUGAAAAUUAUGCUAUUGUUGAUUUUGUUAUUGGACAUGAAACACCCACUUUGGAUUUACUUAUAUCAACCACUAUUGGAAAAAACAAUGACAAUGCUUCAUUUGCACUUAAAGGAUUUAAACUCUAUUAUGAAAAACCAGAUGCUUGUGCCACUCUUUAUACAGAAUGCAAUUAUACAGGAAAAUCAUUUAACAUGUGUGAAGACUUACCUAACUUCCAAUUAGCUAAAUAUCCAAGCAAAAUCAAGUCAAUUCAAGUCCCAGCUGGUGCUAAAGUGAUUCUUUUUGAUGAAAUGGAUUAUAAUGGAAAAACCAUUGAAUACACUGAGAACCAAAAAUGCAUCGAAGAAUAUCAAUACAAAUUCCUUUAAACAAAUUAAUAAAGCUAUGUCUUAACAGCUAACAAUUGACCAGAUGAAAUAUCAAUAUUAUAUUUUAUUUCAUUAUUUGCAUAACAUUAUUAUUUAUUGUU